GGCGCGGCUUAGUUAACGGUCGAAAAAAAAUCUCUCACACCCGUUGUCUUCUUUAGUCUCCGUAACUGUCUCAACCCAGACUCUCGUCGCGAGUGAACAACUCUCUGACGUUUUAUAACACGGUUAAAACGUAAACUGAAAACAUGCGGUUCCCGCUCGCUUUCCUCGCGACGUUUUUCAACCUCGCGUUUGCCGGCUCAUCCGCAGAGUAUAACGAAAGCGCCGAAAAUUUAUCCUACAACGACACCGCGGACACAAACUACGAUGUUUUGUCCCGCGAGAGGAGAACUCUGGUCUAUCCAAGCUCCUCUGAUAUGCUGCUCAUUUUCGGUCUCGGUACUCCGCUGCAGCUACAGCAGGAGAGCGUGAUCGUUGGCGCCUUCACGAAGAUGCUCUACGCACUUCCGGACAAUUCGACCUACUACACGGAGCCCGGAGUCUACUACGCGAGGUCGACCAAGAGCCGGUGGAGCAUAUACAAGAUCUUGGAAACGGCCUCCGAGGUUUUCGGUUACGGUGGCAAAGGGUGUAUCCUGAGGGCGAUCUGCGAGGCAGCCAACGUCCCUUUCAACGCGAACCACGGACUCUUCGGCGAGCUCGUCCACGCCUUCCUCACGCCUUCGAGCACCAAGGAGGAACUGGACGAAUACGACGAUCGAGAUUAUCACGCCGCUGAACUCCAAGGUCAUAAGGACGGAGAUCACUGCUCGGAGCUUUACCCCGAAUGCAAGGAAAGCAUUCUCGACAUAUUCACAACGAUCUAUCAUUGAUUAUGUUCCGAUCUUCUUCGUCUCACGAACGUUUCUUACUCUUUUACGUGGGAAACGUGAAGCUGAUGCCCUUCUUGUCGGAAAUUAUCAAGAUUCGGAACGAAGCAGGCAGCGCUCAGGAUCCAAUAAACAUACUCGAAUCAACACCCGAGCGAAAAAGUGUUUCAAAUAUCGCAGAGACACCGUUGGACGCGAGUGACAAGCGUGACGUGUGAUGACUUUCAAAAUAGUUUUGUUGCAUCUAGUUCGACUGUGAAUGCGAAA